AAGAGAUAGGGUGGAGAUCAAGGCGAAAGCCGUUGUGGUUAAAUAUCAGAUGGCAAUGCUGCCUGCACCGGCGCAUAUUAUUUUACAGCUGAUAUCAGUACAGUAUGCGAAAAGAAGUGGCUGAAACUCACAAGUGCGGACAAUGAGGAUGCGGGAUGUGUUUUCUGAAGCCGCCUUUGGAAAGCGGAUGUUAUGUGCUUAACCGUGUCUGGAGGAUAUUUCUUUGAAGAAAUUUGGAAAGAAAUCACUGCGUGAAGAGGGGAACCCGUCGGCUGAUGCAGGAUAGUUUGAAAACUUGGCUGAAUUAUAGCACAUUUGCAUUCAUAUUUGAAUGAGCAAGCCACAUGUUAUCGUUACUUUAUAUUAUGAUACAAUUGCGGUUACGCCUGAAUACAACCUAAAAACGGGCCGGAUGGUUUGAAUAUUAUGAGAAGAUUGCGGGAGCUAUGGACCAGUGGUUACAUGCAACUGAGAGAACAUUGCGAUUUAUUUACUAUUUUAAUGUUCCUUUAAUAUUCUUUAUAUAAUUUACAAGUUUGCGGUGAAAUUAAAAUUUCACAUAACAACAAUGCAACAAGUAUUUCCAGUUGGUAUUCUGAGGAAUUAAUACCUCGCUCAUGGCAAGGAUUGGAAGCAGAGAGUGCUUCGCUGAUUUAAAUGAUUUCAGAGGAACUGAUGAAUUUAAGCGCUACGCAACGAGAAAAAACGUUUCCUUAAUGGUUAUAUUUUUACAUUUGUUAAAUUAUUAAUUUUUAAAUUUUUAUAUUAUUGUAUUGUCACUCUUAAAUUUAAUAUCACUGUAUUGUCAGCGACUGCCGGCACCUUAUUACCCAGAGAAUCUAAAAUAAUAAAUAAUCGCAUUGUUUCUUGCACUCAAUGUUCUUAGUCUGUUGGAGAUUUUACCAUGGAAACAGAAGCGAAGCUGGUGACUGCUACGGGGAAGACGUGGUCUACUGGAGGAAGAGGAGGACAGUUUUAGUCCACAAGAGCCCUAACUAGGCCCCUUUUUUGAGGGGGGUAAAAGGAAGAACGCUGGCAAUGCCUCAGAACCAGGCUUUCUCAGACCCGGAAUAUUCCGCGGAGCACUCAGCGGACCACUCAGUGACGCUGCCCUCAGACUUGGGACAGGCGGCGGGCCGCACGCACGAAGUGACGGUGCGCAGCUCUGGCUACUGCCUGUGCCUGCCGCGUUUCCUGCGGCUCACCUUUGUACCCGAGUCACUCGAGAAACUCUACCAGACCUACUUCAGGCGGCAACGGCAUGACACCCUGCUGGUCCUAGUGGUGUUUGCUGCACUAUUCGAUUGCUAUGUCAUUAUCAUGUGCGCGGUGGUGUACACUCACGACAAGCUGGCUACAACGGUGGUGGGAGCUGUGGGGCUUGCGGCUCAGAUCCUGCUCUACGUGCUGUGCCGCUUCAACUACCUGCCCAACCACAUGGCCCGCAGAACGGUGCCCUACAUCCUCUGGUUGCUCAUCACUCUUCAGAUCUUGUGCUACAUGGGCCUGAACUUUGCUGGCUACCACCAGGCCGGUGAUACAGUUGGCUGGCAGACCUUCUUCAUCUUCUCCUUCUUCCUGACGCUGCCACUUGGGCUCCUGCCCGUCAUCAUCCUCGCUGUGCUGUCGUGCGGCAUGUAUACUCUGGUGCUGGGGGUCACUGUUUCUCAGCAGGGGAAUGUACAUGGGGCACUCUUGUGCAGACAGCUCCUGGCCAACAUAAUGAUUUAUCUGUGCGCUAUCAUUGUGGGCAUCAUAUCCUACUUCAUGGCUGACCGCAAGCACCGCAAGGCCUUUCUGGAAGCACGGCAAUCUCUGGAAGUGAAGAUAAAUCUGGAGGAGCAGGGCCAACAGCAGGAGGAGCUGUUACUGUCCAUCCUGCCCAAGCACAUUGCGGAUGAGAUGCUGCAAGGAAUGAAGAAAGAGGCCAACCAGAACGAGAUGCAGCAGUUUAACACCAUGUACAUGUACCGCCACGAGAAUGUCAGUAUCCUGUUUGCUGACAUUGUGGGUUUCACCCAGCUGUCUUCAUCCUGUAGUGCACAGGAGUUGGUCAAACUGCUCAACGAGUUGUUCGCUCGCUUUGACAAGCUGGCUGCUAAAUACCACCAGCUGAGGAUUAAGAUCCUGGGAGACUGUUACUACUGUAUCUGUGGGCUGCCAGACUACCGUGAGGAUCACGCAGCCUGCUCCAUCAUGAUGGGUCUGGCCAUGGUAGAGGCCAUCUCGUACGUGCGUGAAAAGACUCAGACGGAGGUGGACAUGCGUGUGGGGGUGCACACGGGCACCGUGCUGGGAGGAGUCCUGGGGCAGAAGCGCUGGCAGUACGAUGUGUGGUCCACUGACGUCACCGUCGCGAACAAGAUGGAGGCAGGGGGGCUCCCAGGACGGGUCCACAUCUCUCAGAGCACCAUGGAUAGCCUGCAUGGGGAAUUUGAGGUGGAGCCAGGUAAUGGGGGCGAGCGUUGUGAAUACUUGAAGGAGAAGGGCUAUGAGACCUACCUAGUGGUUGUGUCCAAGGAUGGACUAAAAGGUCUGCUGUCUAUUGAAUCACCCUCUCGAAACUCUCCAGCAUUGAUAAAUACUACAGAAUGCAAUGGGAGCACAGCCUGCACACCACCACCACCAGAGGAACCUGAGGAACUCGACACACAGGUGGUGAACCCCUCCUUUCCGAACCGCCGGCAUCAGCUUCGACUGCGUAGCCUGGCAGAGAGGGUGGUCAAUGCUCAGGAGGAUGAGCUGGAGCUAAACAAACUGCUGAACGAGGCCCUGCUGGAGCGGGAGACUGUGCAGGCUCUCAAAGAGAAGCACACAAAUUCUCUGUCCCUGCGUUUUCUGGAUCCAGAGCUGGAGAUGCGCUACUCGGUGGAGAAGGAGAAGCAGACUGGAGCUGCAUUCAGCUGCUCUUGUGUAGUCCUAUUGUUCACCGCUGCCAUGGAGACCUUCAUUGAUCCACAGCUAACCGUAAAUUAUGUGACACUUCUUGUUGGGGAAAUCUUGUUACUUAUUCUCACUAUUUGCUCAAUGGCAGCCAUCUUUCCCAAGAUGUUUCCAAAGAAGCUGGUUUCCUUCUCUGUUUGGAUUGAUCAAACACGCUGGGCCCGCAAUACAUGGGCCAUGGCGGCCAUCUUUGUCCUGACCAUGGCUGACAUCGUGGACAUGCUAAGCUGCCUGCAGCCCCCUUUCUUACUGAGGAACAGCAGCAGCAAUAUGGAGCUUUUUCUAGGCCCGCCAGAAGGAGAGGGGGGCUGUGUAGAUAACCCCAAAUACUACAGCUACAUAACUGUGCUGGCACUCGUAGCGACCACCAUGCUGGUGCAGGUCAGUCACAUGGUCAAGCUCACCCUCAUGCUGCUCAUCACCCUGUCUAUUGGUGUGAUCAACAUCUACAGCUGGUGGGACCUCUUUGACCAAUAUGACCGUGUCCGCUUUAAGGAAUACACGCCUUAUAUCGUUCCUUCCAAGUACUCCAUGACUGUAAUGAUCAUCAUUAUGAUGUUCGGCUUCUACUAUUUUGCCCGCCACAUUGAGAAGCUAGCACGCACUCUUUUUCUGUGGAAGAUUGAAGUGCAUGACCAGAAGGAUAAGGUUUCUGAGAUGAGGCGUUGGAAUGAAGCGCUGGUCAUAAACAUGCUGCCGGAACAUGUUGCUCGACAUUUUCUGGGAUCAAAGAAAAGGGAUGAGGAACUCUACAGCCAGUCCUAUGAUGAGAUUGGGGUAAUGUUCGCCUCCAUACCAAACUUCUCCGACUUCUACACAGAGGAGAGCAUUAACAAUGGUGGCAUCGAAUGUCUCAGGUUCCUUAAUGAGAUCAUCUCCGACUUUGACAGCCUCCUGGAUUUGCCUCAGUUCCGCUGCAUUACCAAGAUCAAAACCAUUGGAAGCACUUACAUGGCAGCAUCAGGUGUCACACCUGAAGCGAACACCAAUGGAUACAAGAAGGAUGAGAUGUCAGACCGGGAGAGAUGGCAGCACCUUGCAGACCUGGCCGACUUUGCCCUAGCCAUGAAGGUCACUCUCACGAACAUCAACUGCCAGUCCUUCAACAACUUCAUGCUCCGCAUUGGGCUCAACAAGGGUGCAGUGUUGGCCGGAGUAAUCGGGGCACGGAAACCCCACUAUGACAUCUGGGGAAACAGCGUCAAUGUGGCCAGUCGUAUGGAGUCAACAGGAGUCAUGGGCAACAUCCAGGUGGUGGAGGAAUGCUAUAUUGUCCUGAAGGAGUAUGGAUUCCGUUUUGUGAGGCGAGGGCCCAUCUUUGUGAAGGGAAAAGGGCAGCUCCUGACGUUCUUCAUGAAGGGGCGGGACAAACAGGGCUCUUUCAUCAACGGCUCUGCUGUCAACCUGCCCCACCAGGUGGCUGACUCCUAACCCUAACACACUGACAAUUUGUUUGUCACACACUGACACACCGCUUUUCACACAUUGACCUGCCCUCAGUCACACACUGAUACACCCUCUGUCACAAACUCCUUCUUUCAUACUCAAACACAAACUCACAUGCCCAUCUUCUCUUGAUCUCAUUCUCCCUGGCACACAUAUGCUUUAUGCACACUUGAAAAAUCAAAGAUGCACAAAUACAUAAGAUGAACUACACAUAGGUGAGUUUUAGUGCUACACUUCCAUACUGCAAAAAACAUUUUUGACUGCUUUUCUCAGAUUCUGCUCAGUACAAAGAGAAAUGACAGCAAAAAGCCUGCAGGCUGCCUCAGCUCUCCGUGUGGAAUUAUACAACCUAAAGGCUAGUGUGUAUGUGUGUGUGUGUGUGUGUGCUUGCGUGCGUGCAUGCUUGUGUGUGUGUGUGUCUGUGCGUUUGUGCAUGAAUGAGGUACGUUUACCUGUGGGGUGGUGUUGCAGAGGCAGGUCUGACACCUUAGACUAAAGUCCUCUUCCUCAGUGUCCUUCCUCUGUGACAUGGAUGAAAGUGCAAUAUUUAAAUCCCACUCAGUAAACUCUCACCCCCGCCUCUCCUGCCUGUCCUCCUUGCAAAGUACUAAAGCACACUUUUGCCUACAAGGCAUAUUUUUAUACUCCGAUUGUAACAUGCUUUUUGUUCAAGUAGGAAAAUGUUCUGAAAUAAUGUAUAAAGGUCCAAUACAUAACCAUGUGUGUACCAUUUUUCAUCGCUUUCAUUCAGAUAACUUCAGGGAUAGUAGAGAAAGAAUAGCUAAGCUAUACAAUAUUUUAGACCAGGACCAGUGUCAAAAGCACUGGAAUCAGAAAGUAGACAUUUUUGAUCCAUUCUUCAAAUGGUGAAAUGGUGAAAUCAGAUAUCCAGCCUUCACUAACAAUGUUGUUUCCGAAUAUUCCUUUUGAUAUCUGCUCUUAGGACAAUGUCAUCUCACACCAUACUGUCUCUCCCCCUUUUUGUAUAAUGCCUGGAAUCAGGAUGUAGAUAUGUGGGCAGAGGCCACACAGCCUUUGAUGUUAAUCUCUCAAGCCCUUAAACUCAGGAUUGGGGAACUGUGAAUAAUGUUGUUCAAAUAAUUUAUUUGUUCUUUGAAUUCUUUGAUUAAAACUUUUUAAAUGUGAUACACCA